GAAAUACAUCUGGCAACUGGCAAUCCCUUUACUUGUCACUUUUCAAGAUUUUCGCGAGUUCCUGCUUGGCCUUAUUAUUCGACUCUAGAUCUAUUUUUCUAGAUCUAAACUUAAACAUGAAGAAAUUGUUUUUAGAGUUAUAUGAUGUUGUUGGAACGAAAGCCACGCUGUGUAUGGUUGUGGCAGACUAGGCCUAAGAGUCUUGUCUCCUGAACUCUUCUGACGACAGUCUUCGUCUUCGUUAGAAAUUGCAUGCCUCACCUCAAGAGUGAAGACCAAGGGUUACAACUGACAAAAUGGCAUCUCCUGAUGCACAAGAAAAUCACUAUCUGAGCAUUGUUUCCCUUGGCAAGCGCGAAUUCUUCCGCAAGGCUCAUUUCUCGCACAAGUUUCGUGGAGAAAAUGUCUCUGUGCAGAGAGGGUUCCUGUCCACAAACAAGUACACUAAGGCACAUGGUCAGUGCAUAAUGCAAGAACCGUUGACACCUGGACAAACCUUCCAGCUGUCUUGUUGCGGGACAGGUGUCAUCAAGCUUGGUGCAUUCCCCAGUAAAAAAGACGCAGUAAAUUGGCUUGAAUCGGGACAGCACCUUGGAAAAUUCUGCAAACCCUUAAGGUUUCGCAUUGCCUUUUUGAGAAACUUUGACUGUUCAUUGGCACCAAACGGGAGGUUUUUGGAGCUCAAUGAAAAGGAGCGUUUAAGUGGAUAUUGGAAGGCGGUGUAUCAAUUACAAGCUGGGCCAUAUACUGUCUUAGGCUUCGAUAUAGCAUUUGGUGAUGUGGAGGUGUCUUUGUCCAGAUUCAGCUCUUCAUUCUGCCCGUCCUUUCACCAGCAGCUCUGCAGCCAUCACGUGAACGUCCACGGGCCCAUUGCAAAGCUGAAGCACGACAGCCCCACCUCCCUGAUCUGCCUGAGCCUCCGCAACAACUGGCUGAGCCAAGGCGCCAGCUUCCGUCUCCGAGUGUCCCGCAUACCCUCAGAACCCAGCAUGGGCUACUUUCGGGUCUGUGUGUCCCCCUAUGAUAGCAUUGUGGCGAGGGGAGGGGGCGUCAAAUUCACUGGCUCCCAGGACUUCCCUGAGGUGCGUGGACAGCUUCACAAGGUCAAGGCCGAUAUCUUUUUAAUGAUAGAGGUUGUGGACGACACGCAUGUUCUCCUCAGGACGGGAUGGGAUCCCCAAGCUGUGGAUCAAAGGAAGGAAGUUAUUUCUGCUGACCUCAGCAAAAGACAAUGUCUUGUCUUUGAGCUGUUUGAAGUGUCCUUGGAGGUCUGGAAAAGUGAGCCACGAGGAGGCAAUCCCUCUACUCCAACUCCAGCUCGAUCAACUGUGGAUGGAAGCUGGGGACACAUUCGCGUUCCUGCAGAAGCACACGUUCCAAACAGACCUAAGCGAAAGCUGCCCACACUUCCUGAUGUUCGACACCAAAGAGCUCCCCAGUCUGAUGCAGCUACACAAGUUUACGCGGGUAGCACCAACAGUAGCCAGGAAUCCAGAUACAAUUCUGACCCAGCCAAGGGGGCCACGCCUGCACUCCAAGGCCCGACGCCUGUGAUGGAGAAAAGCAAGGAGAAAGGAAAGAAGAAAGGAGAGAGGCAGGCAAAUGAAGAGGAGGAGGAGGAGGAGUGCAUGCGAAUGUAUGGGGAUCCUCCUCCCAGGCCUCACCUCAUGAGCCAGGACAUUCACAUUGGUUUGAACAAGGAUCUUGUCGCGCCGCCGAGAUAUAUGAAUAAAGGUCAGGAAGGAGACAUCUCGGCUAGUAGGCAGCAUGACAGGCAUAGUGUUGGCGAGAGUUCGAGACCUGCUGCAGGAAGAAGAAUUUUGAAGGAGAGUUAUCCACUCUCGCUGACAAGACCAGAUACCAAAAUGAUAGAUAUGGCUGGUGGUGCCCCAGUGACUAAUCCUGGCGCCUGGAAUCCUGCAGAUGAAACCUCAAAGACUGAUGUUAGCUCCUCAAAUAUUGUUCUCCCCGAGCAAAUGAAAGUCCGCCACACUCCAGCUUUCCAUCGUCGGACAGAGACAGGGACAGGUGUUGAGAAAGAUGGUGAUCAUUGUUCCGAUUACGAAUACAUCAGCUUACCAGCAUGGGCCAGAGACCAGAAAAGCAGAAGCAGAUGCAAUCCUUCUGCUGAAAGGAUUUCAUCAUCCCAGGAUAAAUCAAAGGAGGAAGACAGUGCUGGCGUCAAUAAUGCAAGGAGUAAAUGCAUUCUGUCGGUGAAUGUUCACACAAGUGAAGGUGAGCAAGAAAGUGUAGACCAAAACGAAAAUGUUUAUGAUAAGUUACUGGACUGUGACUUACAGCACCCCUUUGAAGGUUUAAUGAACUCUGACCACAUUGAAGUGUCUUUCUUACCGUCACUGCCUGACUCGGGUGACUGUAGAAGUCUGCGGGGUGGUGAGCCCGCUGUGGAUUUAGACGGCACCUCGGACAGCAGCUUCAUGCUUUGUCUCGGUUCAAGUUUUGAUGUGGACAGCCAAUCUGAAGUCCUGGAGACGUCCUACUCUUUGCGUUUACACCCCGAUGUGAAUCCUCCAAAUUUGUCUUUUGCUUCGGUAGAUGUUCACAUUAGCCCACAGGAUGCAGGUGCAGUUAGUUUCAAUGAACUCUCUCAUGAUAUAGAGAACUUGAAGGAAAGACUUCAGGCCUUUACUGUUCCCAAGAGAGUUGUAAGUUCCUCGAGGGACUUUGAAGAUUCUAAUGGAUCUGGUCAAAGCAGGGGCAGUGGCAGCGAUGGCCCUGACUCCUUGACCCGUCUGACAGCUUGUAGUUCUGGUCAGGAGGCUGAAGGUGGUGAGGACAUGUUAGACGGCGCUCCCUUACAAGUCCUGGAAGCGUCUCUUGUCCCGCCAGUUUUUCCUUGCCACGACGGACAGAUGAACUCAGGGUCACAUAUAAAUCUAAACUCGCUGAGGGAUCCAAAAUCGCCUCAGUGCACUGCUCUGAAAAUGAAGAGUACUCCUCAUGAGAAUGUGGGGAGACGUACAGAUGGGUUGACGAGAGAGGACACUACUUUGCUGUGUUUUCCAGCAGCUUCUUGCAAAAGUGGGGCUGCAGCUGUAUCAAACUUGGAGAGAAGUUACAGUGCUCCCCGAGCCAUCUACUCGGUCCAAGCAUGGAGCAAUGAGCUGAACAGGCCGCAGAGGGUCCAUUCUGUUAGGUGCAAGCCUGAGACAAAAGUUCAAUUUGACCGGAAUAUCGUGCAGAGCUCAAACCUCAACUCACUAGGGGACUUGAAGGAUUGUGUUGACAGCAAUACAGACUCCAGCUCUUCCAGUUCAGUAGAGACCUCUCUAUCUUGUGAUGUAGUGACCUCUGAACCUCGUAAUGUAGUGACCCCUGAACCUAGUGAUGUAGUGACCCCUGAACCUCGUAAUGUAGUGACCUCUGAACCUCGUAAUGUAGUGACCCCUCGUAAUGUAGUGACCUCUGAACCUCGUAAUGUAGUGACCCCUGAACCAAGUGAUGUAGUGACCCCUGAACCUAAUGAUGAAGUGAUCUCUGCACCUUGUGAUGAAGUGACCUUUGCACCUUGUGACGUCAUUUUGUUAGAAACAGGUUCUUGUAUAACUUGCCCUCCUCAUGUUUUAGAUGCCUUGAGAAAGUAGAGUUCUGAAAUGUUCAUUGCAUAUCGGCGUCUGUGGUGUAGCAGCUAAACACCUCACCUUCACACGCAGAAGACGUGAGGUCCAGUUUUGACAUUCCAAGGGUGUUGGUUUGCUGCCGCAGGUGUGACUCGGUGCUUUCUCAAUUUUUCUACUCUGCCAGGCAUCCUGAGUCUUCUACAUUUUUACCACAAAAAAGUCCCAAAACAACUUAAGUAUUUUCUAAGGUUUACUUUACUAAUAUGUACUUACUUACUUACUUUAUUUCAUCCGUCCUCUUGUACCUCUAGGGAAUUGAGGGGAGAAAGCUUUUUGUCUCUAGAAAAUUGGGUGGCCUGGCUGGGUGGAAUGCUGUACGUUUUCAGGGUAUCCUUCACACCUUUGAUCCAGGUUUUCCUUGGUCUUCGUCUUGCCUUGUACCCUGAUACUGGCAAGUUGGUGAGGUGUCAUAAAUGUCAGAUGUCCUAACCACCCCAUUGUUUGCCUCUGAAUCUAGUGGAGAACAGGUGUAGGUCUCAUCAUUUCUCUGAUCCUGUUGUUUCUGAUCAUGGCCUGUCUGGUUUUGUUGACGGCUCUCCUUAGACAUCUCAUCUCGCCUUGGUUGGUCAAGGUAGGGAUAGAGUAAAUGAGCUUGGCUUUGGUCUCAAUGGGGAUGUUCGGAGGAUGUUUGAGGAGUGGGACAAGCUGGUAAGCUGACGCUGUUAGUGUUAGCCUUUUGUGUUAUAUACCAAGUAAGACGACAUGCCGAUAUUCCUCUGUCUUGACACAUCAUAUAUGGCUUAAUACAUUUGAGGGUGGAUUGAUGUUUCGCCAUUGAGGAGCCAAAAGCUGCCAUUUUGGCUAAAUUUGAUAAAUCCUCCAAAAUCAAAGAGUUUUGUCAAUUUCACAAUGGGGUCCGGUUUGCUGAAUGAAUGUCUUGGUCAACAGCCAGCUACAAAGCUACUAUAUGUGUCGUGUGACAUUGUGUGGUCAGCUCUUAUGUUUGCGUGUGGAGUGUGAUAGGCUUUGUUGACUUCUGUGAGUCUUAUUUGAAGGAACAAACAGGAGGUGUUUGUGUGUGUGCGUGUGUGUGUGUGUGUGUCACAACACCGUGAAAUCAGGCUCAUCAAUGUUUUUGUAAAUGGCUAAUCUUAACACUUAUUUAUACUUGAAUUGCUUUUCAUGAAAACAACUACAAAUUUAUUUUGAAUAGAAGUCAAGAUAUUUAAUAUUUGCAAUUGAAGAAGGUGGAGGGUUGCCUGGUGGUGUUUCUGACUAGACUUUAAUGCUUUAAGAUUGAGUGGUACUGUAAUUGUAAAUCUUUGAAAAAAAAAAGUGUUCACGCCAAUGUGUGGUUUAAAAUAGAUCUGUAGUUCCAUGUUUAAGUGGAUUCUUUUUAACUGUUUACAUGUAUAUUGUUUUGUUGUUAUUUUGUUUCUGUGUUCUGCAGACCCUGACAAUGAUAAUCUUUAUUCAUCUCA